UAUGUUGCUUAUUUCUAGACUAAACCACAGUAAACAUGGCGGACAUUGAUUUGAACGUCGACAGCCUUAUCCAAAGACUCCUGGAAGUAAGGGGAUGUCGCCCAGGGAAGUCCGUGCAGAUGACCGAAGCCGAGGUGCGAGGACUGUGCCUCAAAUCUCGGGAGAUUUUUCUACAGCAGCCAAUACUUCUUGAAUUGGAAGCACCUUUGAAAAUUUGCGGUGAUAUUCAUGGUCAGUACACUGACUUGCUGCGUCUGUUUGAAUAUGGUGGUUUUCCACCUGAAGCAAAUUAUUUGUUUCUUGGAGACUAUGUAGACAGAGGCAAACAAUCUCUUGAGACAAUCUGUCUCCUGCUAGCCUACAAGAUAAAAUAUCCUGAGAACUUCUUCCUACUCAGAGGAAAUCAUGAGUGUGCCAGCAUCAACAGGAUAUAUGGAUUUUAUGAUGAAUGUAAACGCCGCUAUAACAUAAAAUUAUGGAAAACGUUCACCGAUUGCUUCAAUUGUUUGCCAAUUGCGGCCAUUAUUGAUGAAAAGAUCUUCUGUUGCCAUGGUGGACUGAGUCCAGAUCUACAGGGCAUGGAACAAAUUCGACGAAUCAUGCGACCAACUGAUGUCCCAGACACUGGAUUGUUAUGUGACUUGUUAUGGUCAGAUCCUGACAAGGAUGUCCAGGGUUGGGGAGAGAAUGAUCGUGGAGUCUCAUUUACAUUUGGUGCAGAUGUUGUCAGCAAGUUUCUCAAUCGACAUGAUCUUGACCUCAUCUGCCGGGCACACCAGGUUGUGGAAGAUGGUUAUGAGUUUUUUGCAAAACGCCAGUUAGUGACACUGUUCUCAGCUCCUAAUUAUUGUGGAGAGUUUGACAAUGCUGGUGGCAUGAUGUCAGUGGAUGAGACACUUAUGUGCUCAUUUCAGAUCUUAAAGCCAUCAGAGAAGAAAGCCAAGUAUCAGUACAGUGGUAUGAACUCUGGACGACCAUCCACCCCACAAAGGAAUCCAACCAAGAAGAAAUAACUUGUUUCCAAUGAAGGUGCAUCAGAUUAAUCUUUCAGAUAAAGAGAAGACUACUAUUACAUCUAUUUUCUAUUUACAGUAACUUGUAAUCUGUGAUGAUGAUGAUAUUUUGCUAUGAAGAGUGAAAAAAAAAUCCCCCCCCCCUGUCCGCAGCCCUUAUGUGUAAAGGAACUACAUAAGCACUUGUACAAAUCUCUGUAUCUUCAUUCCCAUGGUCCUUCCACUUCAGUAAGUGCCAUGCCUUUCCUCUUUUUCUUAUUUGUUGAUCAUUAGUGAACUAAAGGUUCUAACUGCAUUGCACUAAGCAGGAAUUCAUUAUAAUGUUACUACUUAAGCAUUUGUUACAUAUAUAUAUGAAGAAGGUGAUUUGAAAAACCACCAUGAGGCUAAUUCAGUAAUGUUAAUUUACGUGAGGGAGGAAUGCUGGUGGUAGUGUUAUAUCUUUGUGAGCUUUUUAAAUUAUUUACAGAAUAAUUAUUUGAUUUAAAUGAGUACCAUUUGUGUCACUUUUAAGCCUUGCCCAAAGUUGUUAUUAUUGUACAUAAUUCUGUUUAUAAAUCUGUAUUUGUUCAUGGACUAAAGUAGGAAUUCUGAGUACUUAUAAUAGAGAGACAAAAUUAACAUAUGAAGUGUUUGUAAACAUGUCCUAUAUGAAUGUGAAAUAAUGAAUGUUUCUUUUCUUCAUAUCUUGUCUUGAGUCAUUUCUCUGAUGCACAUUGAAUUUUACCUUGAAGGGGGAAUCACAGACAAGUGUCUCUGCACAUAUGAAAGUGUUACAGUUGAUUUUCAUGUAAAAGGUAUGUAUAUUUUUUAAGAUAUAAACAUUCCUUACUUGAAAUAAUAAUAAAAGUAAGGUGAGAAAGGAAAGCACUCUUAUCAGAGUAGUGAUGAAAGAAGAGUACCAGAUAAUUGAUUCAUAGCUGUAAACUUUGCUGUCAUUUCCAAAAUUAAAUAUCUCUACAUCCUUUUCAUUGUUUUAUGGUAUUGUUAUUGUAAGUGCUCCUUCAUUUCUUAAGUAAUCAGUUUGAUGAUCAUUUUCUAUACAUUGCAUUGUCAGUAUGGUAUAAGUAGGUACUUGUUUUAUUUCCUUCUAGAGACACCUACAGAUGAUAAUAAGUCAGUAUCCUCACUUAAUAUCACACACUAUAACUAUUUAAACCUGUUCCUUACUCAUUCAACUUGCAGUAUAAAGCCUCUAUAAUUUAUAUUUUUCGUCUUUCAAGGUAAUUUUAAAUGACUUUUUUGAACAUGUAGCUGUUUGAACUGCAUCAUUAAAUAAUAAUUAUAAUUAUUUUUACAGACUUAAGUUAGUUUAAUAUAACUGAAAGCAGGCUCAUGUGAACAUAGUAAUGAACUUUUGGGUUCCAUAAAAUGCAGGGUAUUUCUUGGCUAGCUGUUCGAUUGCAGCUUUUCAAGAAGGAAUCUGAUUCAUGGAGUUAGUGUCAGUGUGAAAUUUUAAUGGGCAUGUGUUUUUACUAGCGUUUGUAAAUGGUCUGGAUUAGUUAAACCUUGACAAGAUCAUUAACAAGGAUUCUGUUUUAAAAUUUAUAAGAAGAAGCUUGAAGCAACAUAUUCAGAUGAAACUUACAUAAUCAUAGUAAAUUAUUCAUUUUAGUGUAUGACACAAGCCUUCUAUUUUUUUUUCUCCUUCCUUCUGCUAUAGUGUGCAUGUAAAGGGAACAGAUGAAAUAUAAACUGUUUUGGUCUUUCAAACUUGAUGGGGCAUUUCAUUGGUGCUGACACAGGUGUGUGUGUUAUCCUGUUGUGCAUUCUGGUCACAAUAUUGUUAAAGUCAUCAAAAGAGAUCAUAGUGGAGUGGACAUGUAGUUCAGAUAAAGAAAAUACAGGAGGUAGGAGAAAUUAUUGGAUUAUAUCCAUUUGGAAGACUGAGAAUGUAGAGGUUCGGAGUUGACUUAUAUAUAUAGACUGGGCAAGGUUAAUCCCAUAAGUCUGUGUUUAUGAAGAUGUGGUAAAUAUAUAUUUAAUGAAGUUAAUAAACUAUUUUGUAUGCUACAUGCUUAGUUUUUCCCUUUGAUGUACUUGGAAAAUGUAUUGAGUUUUAAAAAAGUUGGCCUAUCACAGGUAAAAUACAGUCACUUGCAUAAGUGUUAAAUUUGUAUUCUGUUUAUAAAUAUGGCUUAUAUUAGGAUGUACAGAUAAUUAUAUUUAGUAUAUUUAAAUGAAUUCCAAAUUAAAAUGUUUAAGAGAGAAAGUUCUGGCUUAAAAACACAUUUUGUUUGGUAUCUUGUGUGUUUAUUUAUAUUCCAAUGUGUUUUAAAAUUACUUUGCACAUUUACUUUUGCAUGUCACCAAAUCCAGGUUACAAGAAGAAAUAUUGUAAUCAUAAUAAUUUAUUUUAUUUAGUGACGAUAAAUAUACACAAAAAACAUUGAUUUAACAGUAAAAAAUGAACAUUGCCUCAUAUUUUGUUCACUGACAAAAGAAAUUACAUGUGCAAAACAUUUAUUUUUUUGUACUUUGGUUAUGUUAAAAUGCUGCUUCAGUUGCAAGAAUCGCAUACUGUCAAGUGAAUCAAGAAGGAUGUGGAAGGAACCAGCCAUGGUCUGUUUUAAAGUACUGCAUGUUUUUCAGCUGUAAUAUUUAAUUUCUGUAUGGUUGUAAGUAUAUGUAUUGGACUUGCUUGUAGGUUUUGCUUUUCAUUGUUGAUAAUUGUAAAUAAAAUGGGACCAUGUAUUGCCACACAGAUUCUAAAUUAAAAUUCUAAUAUUCACUGUUAACCACCUGACACCACAAUGAAGUCUUCUUGAUGGAUUGGCCAUGUAAUUGUAGAGUUUCAUUCAAACAUUUCAGAGACUGUCUCUUCUUAUCAUCAUGUGGUGAGUGACAUGAUUGUCUGUUGUAUCUGUACUCACAACUGGCUCUCAGCAUGUCCUUGUACAUGGACAGCUAAUAUGAACAGUGGGUGGAGUCAAGUGAUAGCUAGCAGUUCAGGCAAAGCAACAGCACACACUGUGUAAUGACUGACCACCUGAUUCUGAGCACUGUUCCUAUUGGCUUAUCUGUGGACAAGCACACAGGGCUCCAUUAUGUGGCAAAUUCAUGGGAAGACUUAUACAUCUGACCCUCUCAUGAAAAUCAUUGUAAAUUCACUCACUGUAUAUGAACUUGUAUUGUUUCUGUCUAGUACUUCUUGCAUGCUUUAGUAAUUACAGUACAUAUUUAUGUCUGGCAGCUUUUUAUUAGAGCAGCUUUAAGAGUUAAUAAAUUAUACAUAAGUGAUCCCUGUUGUUGAUACAGCAUUAUUAAAUUGUACAAGAAUAAAACAUUCUCUGUAUUUGUGGACAAUGGAAAAGAGGUAAUUAAUGCUCAUGGUACAAAACAUAUCCUGACAGUAACACUGCAGAAGGUAGUUUUGUAUUGUUGCAAUAAUGUCAGAGGAAUAAUGUUUUGCACUGUAAUAGUUGUUUCUGACAGCAAAAUGGCAUUGAUUUUCCAAUAUUAGCCAUCAACCAAUGUCUAGAAGUACUAUGUUAUGGAGUUUCAGCUGUAUAAUUUUCUAAGAUUUUUAAGAACAGAAACAAAGAGUGGGAUGAGAAUUGGUUAUUAUAUGCUUUCACUGAGUUUAUUAUAUGUUGGUAAAUAAAGCUUUUUUGGGAGAUGCAGAGGUGUGUAGUCUGCUAUAAGACUGGUAGUAUGGAAAGCCGCAUGAUCGUGGUUAUGGCUCAAGUUCCCAUAAAAGCACAAGUAUGUGUUUUAACUAUAUAAUUUAUUAAAAUAAUACGAGAUAAAAAUUCGCUAAAACUAUUAUUUUCCAUUAAAAUUAUUCAUUGCUGGCUUGUGAUAUGUUCCCCAACAUUGUUCUUCACUGUGUUUACUUUAUGAUAGUUGUAGUAGAGAUCAGAAGAGUAUUGCAGAUCAUUAUAUCCAGGUAUAUCAGUCCAUUCUCAACCUGGUUAGAGUUUCAGAGGCAAGUUUAGUGAGGUGUUAAACAUAACCAUUAUUUGUGACGUCUGCUUAUUUGCAAUGUAAGAUUCAUUUGAAUCAUUAUCCCUUAUCUUUAUUUGUAUUGCAAGAUAAAAGAAUUUGAAGUUGGUUUCACUAAGUUAGGAUAGUUUCCAUAUAGUUUUGACCCAACCCCAUAUGUAUUUUUACCUAUAAAAUUUUAAUUAUUUUUCUGGGAUGCUGUUUUGUUUUAAAAGUCAUUGUCAUAUGUUUAAAAACUAUAUGUAAUAUUGAAGUAGAAUUUGAAUUUCUUGGUUAAAAUAGUGUUUAAGUAUGUUAUAGUGUCAUAUUUUCUGGGGCAUUAAAAAUUAUCUUUGAAUGUGAAAAAUGUUGGAACAAUAAAUUAAUGAGUGUUUAUUUUA